AUGGCUGCUACUUCACCAUCUGGUGCACACGUGCGUUCAACAAGCUGGCCUCAAGAUGUUCAUCCUCUGUCUCGAGCCAUCGAAAUUCAUCUUCUGACACUGGCUCAGAAAUCAGAGUCUUCUUGUCAGAAAGUUGGAGUUUUAAAGAGUAUGUACGAGGUUGUCGAAGUUUUCCUCUGUUUUCAAACGACGAAAACCCGAAAAGCUUUCUCCGAUUUCGAAGAUGUUUCCGAUGGGUUUCUCGAAGUUCUUGAUAUAUGUAGCACGAUCAGAGACGUUCUUAUGCAGAUCAAAGAGCAAGUGAGGGACCUCGAAUCGAGCUUGAGGAGGAGAGUGAUCAAAACCAAAUCAGGAGAAGAUCAAGAUGCUUUCUUGAAUCGUGAGAUCGACGCAGCGAUCAUAAGCAGAGGUCGAGCAGCGGAAGUAUAA